AUGCCCCGUGCGUCAGAGCACGUGCCCCAUGCGUCAGAGUGCACGUCCCGUGUGUCAGAGUGCGUGCCCCAUGCGUCAGAGUACACGUCCCGUGCAUCAGAGCGCGUGCCCCGUGUAUCAGAGUGCACGUCCCGUGCGUCAGAGCGCGUGCCCCCAGCGUGGAGAGCGUGUGCCCUGGACGUCCAGAGCGCAUGCCCAGCUGCACGCGGCCUCCCCACACCCCCGGCAGCUAGAGAGCCACGGAGGGUGCGUCUACAGGACACUUUCCGGGCACAGACCAGGGAGACCGCAGAGAGAGCUGGUUUAAUCCCUUCUGACCAUCCAAGGGCUGGCACAAUUUUCCUGAAGAAAUGUCAAAUGAUUGUGGGAGGAAAGAGAAAGAACAACUAUUUCUACCAUGUAUCUCCUGGUCACCUUAGGGAAAAGUACAGCUCAUGUGCUACUGUAUAUGUUGACUACUCGAUUUCUCAGCCUGAUCUGAGAAUCGCUGUGCAGUGCCUGGCACUAGCAAUAUAUUACCACAUAAAGAACAGAGAUUCAAAUAGAUCUAAGGACAUUUUUGAUGAGAGACUCCAUCCUGUCACAGAAGAAAAGGUUCCUGAGGAAUCCUUUCAUCAUAAUCCCGAUCCCGAAUCAAUUUACAGAUUUAUUCGACCUUUUUUCUUUGCCUAUAAGGUAACAGCAGGAUAUGCAAUAACAACUUUGGUUUACAUAGAAAGACUUUUAAUUUAUGCUGAAAUCGAUCUUUGCCCAUUUAACUGGAAACGCAUUGUUUUGGAAGCAAUUAUUCAGGCCUACAAAUAUCUGCAUGAUCUGGCUAUAUGGAAUUCUCACUUCACCCGAUUGCUAAGGGGCAUUACAGUCAAGGACUUAAAUGAGUUGGAAAGGCAGUACAUAUGUCUACUGCGGUUUCAUCUUUAUGUUUCUGCCAGUGUCUAUGCCCAAUACUAUUUUGACCUUCGGUCUUUAGCAAGUGACCAUGGACUGCCUAUUGCACUUGCUCCUCUUCAAAAAGAAAGAGCACUGAACCUAGAGGCCAUUUCCAAAUAUUGUGAGAACAUAAACCUGUGCAAAGUGGCCAUAAAAAAGUCUGGCAGCUGUGAUAACCUUACUAAUGUGCAACAUGCCAAUGCCAUCUUAUCUUAAGGAGGAAUGAGGGCUGUGACAUGAUGAGCCCCUCAUCUGCAAGGACUGGAGAAGAAUUACCGCUCCUGCUCCAAUCCCAGCUAAGUUAUUUCCUUUUAAGGGAGAUUUAAGGGUAUUGACAUAAUGAGUUUCUCACUUAC